CUUGAAUCUGACAAAUCGCGAUGACGUUCCGUUGAGAGCGGUGGUUCGUUCGGGUGGACCGCGCUCUCAGGCGAUUAUUUGUGAGAUAAUUAUUAUUUCCGAGUUAACCGGCGCCCUAGCGACCGCGGGUAGCCAUGGCGGACGAGGAGAAUAAUUGUGAUGACGGUGGUGGUGAAUAUAAAGCGGGGCAGGCGUUCCGUUUGCGGGGCCGCAAGGGUGCGCUCAAAAAGAAGAAUGUUUAUCUGAUAAAAGACCAUAAGUUCAUGCCGAGGUUCUUCAAGCAGCCCACCUUCUGCUCCCACUGCAAGGACUUUAUAUGGGGUUUUGGCAAACAAGGAUACCAGUGUCAAGUGUGCAGCUUUGUGGUCCACAAAAGAUGCCACGAGUAUGUGACGUUCACCUGCCCAGGCGCAGACAAGGGCGCGGAUUCCGACGAUACACGCACGAAGCACAACUUCCGCAGCUGCACAUACUCGUCCCCGACGUUCUGCGACCACUGUGGCUCCCUCCUGUACGGCCUCAUCCACCAGGGCCUCAAGUGUCAAGCAUGCGACAUGAACGUCCACAAACGUUGCGAGGAGUCGGUGCCGAACCUGUGCGGCUGCGACCACACCGAGCGGCGCGGGCGCAUCCAGCUCACCGUGUCUUGCCAGGGGAACAAGCUUACUGUUGUGGUGAUACAAGGCCGCAACCUGAUCCCGAUGGACCCCAACGGUCUGUCGGACCCCUACGUCAAGAUGAAGCUCAUCCCGGAUUCGGAUAAUGUGAAGAAAAAAACCAAAACCAUGAGGAGCACUCUCAACCCUGUGUGGAAUGAGACCCUGACUUUUGACCUCAAGCCUGAAGAUAAGGACCGAAGGCUGCUGAUUGAGAUAUGGGAUUGGGAUCGCACCUCCCGCAACGAUUUCAUGGGAUCUCUGUCCUUCGGGAUCUCCGAGCUGAUGAAGGCGCCAGCUGACGGCUGGUUCAAGCUGCUGACUCAGGAAGAAGGUGAAUUCUACAACGUGCCGGUACCUGAGGAGGGCACUGACCUCGCUCAGCUGAAGAAUCAGAUGAGAGCGACCAGUGUCGGGGCCCGUAGACCCCCACCACCGCCUGAUAGGGAGGUCCCGCAUAACAUGGCCGCCGCUGACGUCAUCAGGGCUUCUGAUUUCAACUUCAUCAUGGUCCUUGGUAAAGGAUCCUUCGGCAAGGUAAUGCUAGCCGAACGCCGCGGCACAGACGAGCUGUAUGCCAUCAAGAUCCUGAAGAAGGACAUCAUCAUCCAGGACGAUGACGUGGAGUGCACCAUGGUGGAGAAGAGGGUGCUGGCUCUCAGCAGCAAGCCGCCUUUCUUGGUGCAACUGCAUUCUUGCUUCCAGACUAUGGAUCGUCUGUACUUCGUGAUGGAGUACGUCAACGGCGGAGACUUGAUGUUCCAGAUCCAGCAGUGCGGGAAAUUCAAAGAGCCCGUGGCCGUGUUCUACGCCUCAGAAAUAGCGAUCGGUCUCUUCUUCCUGCACUCCCGUGGCAUCGUGUACCGCGACCUUAAACUGGACAACGUACUCCUGGACCAAGACGGCCACAUCAAGAUCGCUGACUUCGGCAUGUGCAAGGAAGGGAUCACCGGCGACAAAACUACCAAGACCUUCUGCGGUACCCCAGAUUAUAUCGCACCAGAGAUCAUUUUAUACCAGCCGUAUGGAAAGUCCGUUGAUUGGUGGGCCUAUGGCGUGCUGUUGUAUGAGAUGCUGGUCGGACAGCCGCCGUUUGAUGGUGAAGAUGAGGAGGAACUGUUCGCUGCUAUUACUGAUAACAGCGUGUCUUAUCCCAAGACGCUGAGUAAGGAAGCCAAAGACGCGUGCAAAGCGUUCCUCACAAAGAACCCGCAGAAGCGACUGGGCUGCAACGCUCGCGGCGAGGAGGACGUGCGCACCCACCCGUUCUUCCGCCGCAUCGACUGGGCGCGCAUCGAGGCCCGCGACGUGCAACCACCGUUCAAGCCUAAAAUUAAACAUCGCAAGGACGUGUCGAACUUCGACAAGCAGUUCACGCAGGAGAAGACGGAGCUGACGCCGACGGACAAGCUGUUCAUGAUGAACCUCGACCAGACCGAGUUCAUGGGCUUCUCCUUCCUCAACCCCGAGUUCGUGCAGCACGUCUGAGCUACCACGGGUUGAAAUCUUUCCUCAUUAUUGGACUGGCUGUGUGGUGGGGCGCAGACCCUGGUACGAGUCAGCAUUUCACUCCAUCUGUCGACUGUCUCUGUCACUCAUACGGCGCGAGUCGUUCGCUGUCUCACUCUCGACUGUACAUUAAGUUCUGACGAUUUGCUAUCAUUGUAUGAUUCUUGAGGGAAUGCCACUCUAAGGCUCUUCGAAAUGACGUUUAGAUAGGAGGUAUUUGCUCAUUCCUGUUAUUUUUACUACUCUUGUUUUAGGUCGAUGAUAUUCUACAUCCAAUACGACAUGACUUAGUUUCGUUUUAAUUUUUAAUUCUUGCACUUCGAUUAUAAUAGGGUUGUUUUAAAAAUAUCAUGUUUAAAAGUAAAAUGUUCAUCAUUCGACACGUGAUACUACUAAAUACAUACUAAUCGUAACCAAUUCAAAAAUCAAGUGUGUAUGAUUAAAAAAAUAUAUCUUUAUUAGAGUUGGUCUCGUAGUAAAAUAUAUUCAUAAUAAAUUAAAAGGACUUUCAGCGCUUCAAACUAUGUGAUAUUUUUAAAGUAACCUUGUCAAUGACAACACAUAUUUGGGUUGCCAUUAAAAUUAUAUAGUAACUAAAUAGUGUUGCCAUUUCACUAUCGAAGUGUAAAAGAAUUGUUAUUGUAAGAGUAGUCAUUUGUUUAAGUAUAAUUUCUCGCAAUAAUUAAUUUAUUUAAAUGCAAUAAUAAAAUUAAAGGAAUCAGUAUGUAAUCCAACGAAUUUCUCUAAGCAAUAUUAAUUUGAGUAAAAAAGUUAUCGUUGAAUUUUUGCUCUCUAUGUAACAAUUUGGCUUUUAAUUAUUAACAUAUAUAAUUAUGAUAUUUAUUUUAUUUUUAACAUGAGAAUCAUAAUCAGAAUCUCGACACAUGGCAAUCUCUAAUAUCAUGAUCUUGGGGCCACUUGAUAUAAAAUAAAUGUUUCGUCACCACUCAGUGUUUAUACUUUCUGUCAAAAUAUACUCUAUUAGAAGUUCGUUAAAGUUUAUAAUCGCUUGGCUGUUUUGACAGAUCGCGUCUAACUGUGUGGUUGAUCGUUUUCUUUUUAAUUUUAUCACGUUAUUAUCACAUAUCAGUGUUGUUUAUAUUGUAAAUACUGUCGUGUCGUGUGGAUGCCGAUAUUGUAAGCGAUUUAAAUGUCCUAGAGCUAAAGAAACAUAUUUAGCCUACGCUAUUGUACCGAAGCGAUCGCUUGAAUAUCUUUCUAGAUCGUAUAGCCUAUUUAUAAUAAAAUUUUAGAAAAUAUUAUUAAAUAAAUUUCGCUGAAGACAUGAGUAUUGCUAACUAUCUAUUGUGAGAGUAUGGUUGUUUAAUAUUGUUAAUAUUAGAUUGGAUUUUUAUGGUAGCAGCGUAAGCUAAAUAUGUUCACUUUCUGACUCUUACCGCCGUACUCAGAGUCAUUUAAAGGUUACUUAAACCAGUCCUUAGUAUUUCGUUUCGGAACAAAAUCGUUACUAAGGAAUUCUUUAAGUAAUCAUUAAAUGUCUCUUAGUAUGGCAGUUAAAUGUAUUAAAUUAACUCAUUAUAAUUUGAAUCUCGUGUCUAUUUGCAUAGUUGAAACGUUUAGUUGUUUUCACAGAUCAUUUCACGGCGAUUUGUUUUUUUUUUGACCGCAAGAGGUCGGCUUAUUAAGUUUUUAUUGUCUAUGGUAAUACGUUAUUUGCUUUUAAGAUUUCCCACAAUAUAAUGAGUGUAUUGGAUAAUGUAUGAAUGAUCUAAUCGUGUAUCGUAUUAGCUUGACUGUUAGCUUGUAUGCGUGUGAUCUGAUGAUUGUUUACUUGUGUGCGUGAGAGAGGAAUUUCGUUUCGAUUCGAUUUGUAUCGAUAUUAUAAGAUAUUUGGACAUCACUAUAAACAAUUUAAAAGUUAACAUAAAAAAGUAUUAUUCAUGUACUUAUUCCAUUUAACAGUAAUAAAUGUGUUGAUUAUUAUUUUUAUUUUAUUGAACAGUAUUUUAUUCUAAGUUAUUUUUAAUUCAAAAUAAUUGUUAUUCUCUUAUAAUAUCGUUGCAAGUUGGCAACAGCAUUUAGCUGUCAAUAAUCGUCUACUAAAAUAGCCUUACUAACUUAAUUAAUAAUUAAUUAAUUGCUAAUUAAAAAAAUAAAUUUUAAAAAUCGUAUAUAAACUCUUGCUAGAUUAAUCGUUGUGGAAAUAAAUAUGAAAAAAGAAAGCAUUUGAUUCUAAAUUGAAAUGUAAUAAAAUGACAUUUAGGUGUUUUUUGUUUUUACUUUAUUAUUAUUAUACUUAGUGUAUUUUUAGCUUAAUUAUUAUAUUAUAAAAUUAAUUAAUUAUUAUCUUUCAAUAGUAGUUUCGAUUUGCCGCGCAUUCCCAAUGCGGUUUUGCUAAACAUAAUUAGGUGUAAUAGUAAUUUUUAAAAUUCUUUUUUGUAGUUUUAAGAUGUAUUAAUUUAAGGAUGCUGGCUUACUUUCACAUUGGUAUUGCAUUUCUGAUUAUUAGUUACAUUAAUUUCACAAACAACAGCAAUUGUCAUAUGUCAAAGUUUCCAUCGAGACGGCUAAAAUUUUUACGCUGGCAACAUUUAAAAUACAUUCUAAAUUCAAAUACAGUAAGUUGACAGUUUACUGUUUUUUUUUAUCUGUUUCUUACAAAAAUCAUUUAAGUUUAUCUACUUAAUAUCUUAAAUCUACUUAUUAUUGAUAUUAGAUGUGAAAAUAAGCCAGUAUCGUAGGUUAACAACAGCUGGAGCGGGAGACAACGUAGCGGGCGCACAUCGCGCUACUCACACCCAUCCCUGUCCCUGUAAGUACCGCCGUACGUACAGCUUGACAUACCCCGUGACCUUACAUUGUUAUAAACACUUCUAAAUCGACAUUAAUUAUACCUUACAUCUUGGUACACGUUCAAACCAACAGGCCCACUAGCUCUUUACUUAUUAUAUACUAAUAAUCUUUUGAGUAAAUACAGUCAUGUAAUUGGCCUAAAUCAAGAUUAAUAUAUUUCAUGGAACAUCCAUUUGUAUUGCCCUCUUGCAGGCUGGCCUCUAGAGGGUUGUUAAUUUGAUUACUACUUGAAUUAAGUGUACCAAAAUAUUCGCAAACACAUUAUCUAAACAUUACAAACGGUAUUAACGCCAUUUCUACUAUGGUUCCCUAUAAUUGUAGGUAUUUAAAAGUGUUUAUAUCAAUACUAAAAACUUCACAUCCCCCACCCAGCUACAUUAUUUCUUUAUAUUUAGUAUAGUUAGCGAACUUUCUCUUCAUUUCGAGUACCUAAAAAUUAAAAAAACCUAAAAGUGUGGACCAAUACCAAUAAAAAACGUUAAAGCAUUUUUACUUCUGGUAACACUGACCUUUGUUACUGUCAAUUCACAAUCACAGAUAACAAAAAUGAUUAAUUAUCUGUCAAAGAAACGUCACUCGUUUUGAUAUUCAUACCACACAGGUACUCCUAUACUUUCAUUACUUCUAACUAGUGUCUGCUAGCUUACGCCUUUAACACCCUAUUUUAUUCUGACUUGGUCAAUAAUAGUUAUAAUAUAAUAUUUAAAAAGUUUAUAAAACUUAUAGUUAUUUAUUUAUCUAACCGUUAUUAUAAGAUCUCACUUGUACAUAAGGCAUAGUUACGAUUUUAAGCCUUUGAACACGCCAUUCUGUUGCUUAAGCUGACAGAUCAAGAUAUGUCGGCGCGUGAGUGUAAUUUUAUUCACCUUCUGGUCAUAAUAUUAAGUCAUUUCCAUAUAUAAUCCGUUGAAUAAAUUCUAGCGUAAGUUUUUAAUAUUAAGAUGUAUUAUCGAGUUUCCGAACCUGUAAUAGGCUUGCUUUAUAUGCUUGGACAUUAUUUUUAGUGAAGUGACGUUUAUAGAUUUUCGAAACUAAAUUAUUCAACUCUACUACGACGAUACUCAAACGAUACUCAACUUUAAGUAGUCUUCACAAGUCUUAAAAUACUCCAUUAAAGAACAGAGGCUUAAUGAGGUAUUAAAAUACAGCUUAAAUAUUGAGUAACAUUUGUGUGUUCGGAUAUCCAUCACUAGUUACCCUGUAAAAAAAAAGGAUUAAGGAUUGUCAAUAUUCCAUUUCUGGGUAUAAAUGAAAAAAGAAAUUUAUGGAUACUAGGGACUAGGCAAUGGAUUGAAGGAGUAUGAAUACUCUUGAGUCUUUAAAACGUUGAAUAGUUAAUGUAUGUGUUCAGUGAGAAUUAGUUUUAAUAUCUUGAUAUUAUUUAGUAUAGCGAUAUGGUAUCAUGUUAGUAUUAGGUUGCUGUCAGUCCUUUAACACGCGAACUUCAGAAUAUUUGCAUACAGAAAUAUGUUUACAGUGUGGGGCGAAUCUUGUUCAUUCAUACAAUUUAUUAACAUUGUUUUCUUGUAAUAAUUGUAUAACGACACUAACCGGCAUUGCUUGAAUAAGUAUUAAGAUUGUAUUGUGUAUAUUUUGAUUUUUGUGAUCAUUUAUUUUCAAUGUAAAGCGAGGGAUAUCAUGAAAAAUUAUUAGUAAUCAAAAACUUUGAGAUAUUAUUUUAUUUAGAUGUUUUCUUUCUUUAAUAUCUCAUUAAUAGGCCUAAACCUUUCUAUAGAUUAAGCCCGUAGUUGAUACAGGUCUUAGUAUACUUUUGAAAUAUUUUACUAAUGGAUAUUCAAGUGUUUUAAAUUUUACAAAGACGAUGUCGCUAAGCACCAUCACCUGUGCCAAAAACAUGUAAAUAUUUUCCGUGAUAAAUUAGUAUUCUAUUGAAUAUUUGUAACCAAUCAUUUGUAUCUUGCUACUUAUAUUUUUGUGACUCUAUAUUUUAUUAGUGGCAAUACCGUAACAACAUUUUUUUGCGCUGGUAACUUCGGAGCUGAAAUGACAGUUCCUUUUCCACAGACUAUAAAAACUACUUACUGUAAAAAAAUUAUGACAUGAAUUGAAAUAAACCCACUAAUAAAAUAAAGGAGCGAUCACUUCUCACAUUAUACUACUUUGCACCGUAUCCAAUUAUGUAAACAAAUAAUAAAAGCACCAUUUUAGUAACUUAUAAUCGUACACUGUUAUUUUAUUCCAAAGUUAUUGUAAUCGUUGUUUAAAGUUUAGUUUGAUUAAACAAUAAACUAUCUCUUCGGAUAUACUGCCACCAUAAAUAUUUUAAGGUUUCCUUUACCAUAAAUUAGACUUUAAACAACGAUAAGUGUCAAGUUUGAACGAAUAUUACUCAAGAAAUGCUUGUAUUGUUAAAUUAUCUAUAUUUGCAAUGCUUCAUUGAAUUUUUAAACUACACUGCAACUAUUUCUGUGAUAUAUCAUCCUUCACAAGCAUAGAAGAGUUGCUUAGAACUAACAGUUAUUUUAAUAAUACGACAAUCUCAAUUGACAUCUCACAAAAACUUCAUUGUUAAUUUUUAGAAAAAACAUGUGCCAAAAAUGUUCUUGUUUCAUCAAUUUAUUUUACACACAUGUCUUUAAAACCUAAGCAACUCUCCUUUGCGCGAUUUAGAGGUCUAUUCGAAUUGGCGCGAUAUAAGUAGUGAACUUUUGGUAGAGAGAAUGACAUUGAAAAGCGCGCGAAUUUUGACAAGGGCCGCCAUGUUUGAAAAGACCUAUUUUUAAUGUAAAGUGCACUUUCAAUUUCCGUUAGUCUACCAUCGUCGCCUCUCACUAGAAUUAAUUAAUAAUAUUAUUAAAGUUUUGAAUUUUAACCAAUUUGCGAUGAUAAAAUAUGGUUGUGUGCGGAUACGGCUACCAAAGUACGAUAUACUUUAUAUCUGCACGCAAUCAUGGUUUAUGAGAUUUUAUUGCAUAUUCUAUUAUUAAUAUCGAUAGUGUAGUAACAGUAUUUCGAUUUGUAGUAUUAAAUUUGUCAUUUUCAAGGAUUUUUGGGGCAUGUAGCCAUGUGUUGGGGAGUGUGGCCACGUGGGGCAUACAGCCGCGAUGGCCUCUCUCAGUAGAUCUGUGACUGGGAUCUCUGGUUGUUUGUAUGGAUUUUCUCGGAGGUGAAUGUCGAUUGUACUCAACAAUAUAAAUUUCUAAUCCAUUAGAUUU